AUGAAAAUGGCUAUCUGUGGCGCCUGCCCCACCUUAAUGUUACUGAUCCUGGCUGUGAUCCUAACUUUAGGUCAAGCAACGGAGUCCUGGCAGCGUUUACCCUCUCUGGAAACCUUCUCCACAUAUGAGGACAUGCAACGUUAUUUUAAUCAACGUAAUUUCCGAAGCAUGCGGCACAUUGACAAUCCCACGGAUGACAGUUACCUAGCUGCUUUUAAUGAAUACAAUGAACAAUUGGAAGAUCAGACCCCGAAAGAGGUUACCCAAUCCCACUCUAGAACGAAACGCGAGCAACGUCAAUUGCCAACAGCUCCAAGAAUGCUGCGAUUUGAACUGGCAGAUGCAGUGGAGCCAAGUCCUGAAUUGAAGCAAAUCCUUCGCCAAUAUCAUGCCAGAGCUUUAAAGGAAAAUCCCUCUCCUGUGAGUCCUAUUAGUACAACACAAGCACCUUCCCAAGCUGUUAGUACCACCAAGGCCACCAAAAGUAAAUCCCGAAAGCCACGUCGCCAGAGAAGAUCAGUUGUUGGUCAACAGCCAGCGGAUUUUAAGGUUCAAAUGAUUCCAUUUCAAGAAACAGAUGCCAGGGAACCCGAUCCAGUGACUGCUCAGCUGAUUAAGAAGGCCCGAAACUUAGAUCUCCAAAGCCAGGCAACUAGAUCCUCAGACAUUCACCAGAUAAAACCCCAAGUGGCGAGAAAGCAACCUUUUAAGGUGAGAAUUCGCAAGACGAAACGCUCAAAACGAUCAGCUCCGCAGAUGAUCAAAUUCGAAUUGGCGGAUGCGAAACCUCUGCCACAAAGAACCGGAAAGCAGUUAAAAUCUGAAACUGUACCCACUCUUUUGACCAUGGAAACUCAGCCGAGGAAUAAGACACAAACUCCUCAGUUGACCACACCCACUCCUCGAUUGGAGGAAAACGAUAUCCUCACAGGGGAAACCACAUCGGAAACCAAGCGAAUGUAUGUUUAUAAGGAGGCGCCUCUGAAUUCUGGUCAUGUAAAGUCAAAGAAAUCCCUGAGCGCUUUGCCCCACGAAGUUCAAAAGGUCAUAACUCAGCUGAUGAAGGAUGGGAUGGGAGGCAAGGCAUACAUAAAGUAUCUUCCUGCCCAGAAAUCCGACUACGAGCACUACAAAGCGAAACCAAUUUCUUAUGGAUCCAAGCCUUUGGGAAACUAUGUGAAGUACAUCAAUAAGCCAGUGGAACCUUCGGUGGCUCCGGCUCCUGUCCAAGUGCACAUCCAACCGGUUCCCGUAGUGGAGCAACUUCGUUAUGUCUACAAACCCGCUUAUAUAGCGCCAGCUCCCACAAUCGCACAACCAAUUGUGGUGCAGGAGGCACCAGUACCCACCGUUGCAGUAGAGGAAGUGCACCACACCUACACCGCUGAACUGGCACCACCGCCCACACAAAGUGUGGAUGUGAUUGUGCCGCAGUUUCGGCCUUCCAAGCCAGAUCCUCUGCUGGCCGAAGCUCCUGCCAUUUAUGGGAAACCACAGGAGCCCUAUAACUAUGAUCUUCAGCAGGAGACUUCUCCAUUGAUCCAUAUAGAAUAUCACGCGCAGCCUGAUGGCAUUAAGGAAAACUACAAACAGCUGCCAGAGUUCCAGCAAUUAUCCACUUUGAUUGGAAAGUCACCAGAUGAUCAAAUCCAUGGUUUAACUUAUUUACUGGCCAAGGAAAUGCAAGCCAAGUUGCAGAGGCAGGGAAAACAUUUGGUGGAUCGUCCGCAGGAUAGCACAGCGCCAAUCCUUUUCCACCCCAGUCAAGAACCUUCGCCAGCACCCACUCUGAAAACUCUGCUGGAUCAUGGAUCCCUGGGUGUUCAUCCAGGUCGUCUUAUUGGCAUGGCUAAAACCAAACAGUAUGUGCCCAUCAUCGAGCCGGGUAACAACGAUGUCAAGGAACUGCCCGCGGCAUCCGAGGCUUCCAAGCUGCCCACGCCCAGUUCCUACAUCGAUUACUCCCACGGACAUGGACUGUCCAACGGGUACGAGGGCAUCGCCAAGGUAGAGGAACCGGUGACCACGGUGGAGCAUGUGGUGCACCAUCCCACGGUGGCCACCCAUCCGCAUAUUCAGCAGGUGCAGCACGUUCAGCAGGUGCAGCAGGUUCAGGUUCAGCACCAAAAUCCGCAUCAGCACCACCAACUUGUGGCCACUGUCCUGCCGGCGGAACUGGAUGCGGACAAGGGCAUGAAUGGUCUGCACUUUGUGCACAGCCAGGAGGACAAAGCGAUGCAGCAGUAUGCCUCAAAGUAUGCGUUCGGUUAUCGCAUACGUGAUUUCCAUACCGGCAACGAUUUUGGCCACAAACAGAAUCGUGAUCUCCACGGCGUGACACGCGGCCAGUACCAUAUCCUCUUGCCGGACGGAAGGAUCCAGAAUGUUAUCUACCACGCCGACGACUCGGGCUUCCAUGCGGAUGUCAGCUUCGAAAGCGGGGCGAAGCAUUAA